UCCCCAUAGAGCAUCAUUAGAAGGAUUUAUACCAUACGAAUUCCAACCCAGUCUUGAAACCCAAAUCUUGCAUCCACUAUGCACAUAGAUUGCUUGGUGAAGAAUGAAGACGAGCCCAUAUCUCACGGCAGUUUUUGUAUAUGUAGGGUUUUUGUAAGUCAGCAGAGUUAUUUGUGUUGUAGCGAUUUUGCAUGAAGAGAAGUGCAUUGGUUGUUAAACCAUGUUUUCACUUCGCGUCCGGAGAGGUAUAACCAAACACGAAUCACUACCAAUGAAAUAAUACUAACCACACACAAAAACACUACUAUCUAAACCUUUUGGACAAUUCACCUUCUCGUCUGCAAACUGAACAUAGCCGGAAACAAAACAGAAAAAGAAUUGCAUCCCACACAGAUCAAAAAACAAAACAGAGCUUGGAUCUAGAAGCCUACACAAAACCACCCUAAAAAUAGAUCUUCAACCCAUAAUAAAAACAUACAGAAGGACACAAACAAAAAGUUGAGAGACGGGGGCAUGCAAUUGUGCCGAUGAGAGAAUGGAUUGUCGAUUGAUGAUAUUAGAGUACUACCUAAUGCGGCGGCCUGAAUGCAGAUGAGGUUGGCUUAAAGCGCGCUCGUCGACGGCGCAUAAGGCAACGACGAGUUCAGGGGCAUGGAAGAGGGCAGUGGCGUCGAGGGCCGUGCAGGCAAACCCAACCGCGACGAAGGCCACUGGCGAGGGAGGCUUCACCGACGGGAAGGACUGCGGGAACCGGCUGGGUUGCUACUCUCCGACGGAUAGAGAGAUAAGAGAUGAAUAAAAUCUUACCCAAAAGGAAGUUAGCUUGACUAUUGGAAUAUUCACACCACAAAAUUGCACACGUUUUACCCGGCUUAAAUCACGGCAUGACAUCAGCUAAUAAAAGCAAAUUAUAAAAAUGCCCCUAACAAUAAAAUACCUUGAUUUGCCGAAAAUUAAAAAGGAAGGAGAUAUAGCGAGUUAGCACGGUACUAACUUUUUCGUUAUAAUUCCCGAUACGAUUUCACACUCCAUCGCAAAUUGAUUACUGAUUAUUAGGCUUGAAAGUUGGUUGGUAUAUAACUUUGAAAGAAACGGAAAUGGGGACUUACGAAGAGACAUUCUUGCAUGCAUGGCUCCUCGUCUCCCGUGAUUGACUUGUUUGCUCCACUCAGUACUACUGCAAAUGGAAUCACAAAUCUAUCUCAUGGGGAGUUGGUGUACGUGUUUCGAUUCAUUGGCUAUGCAUUAAAAUGCCAUCGCUUUGGAAAGCUCUCAAGAAGCGUAUAUAUACAAUAAUAACUACUUUCACGUUCUACAAGCCACUACUUUUGCGUCUUCCUAUGCAUCGGCUUCUGAGCUGCUUUGGCCUCUACACAUAUAUAUCAGGGCGCCAUGCAUGCAGGAUGGAUCCUCUCAGCAUCUCAACAAUUACUUUGGUUGGUCUAAAUACGGCGUGAAAUUACCUCAAGACGUCACCAGAUUCACCGUGUGUGACAAAUGCGACAUGUACAGUGGCGAAACGGGCAGGUCUUAUGAUGAGCUGCGGCGGAGCUUGAAGGAGAGCAACGUGGAAUUGGCGGCAUGCAAGAAGGAACUGGAGGAGAAGAGCGCGGAACUGAGGCAAUGCAAGGUGGAGUUGGAACGUUGCAAGGAAGAGUCAGUUUUGAGUAAGGCGGUGGAGAAAGCCAACCAGAAAGCGCAGCUGCACUUGGCCCGUUGGCCGUGCUUGGAAAGAGCGUGGAAUUGGCGUUAUGCAAGAAUGAAUUAGAGGAGAAGCGCGUUGAACUGAAGGAAUGCAAUGAGGAGCUGGAACGUAGAAAGAAGAAAGAGUUAGUACUUUUGAGCCAGAAGGCGGAGGUGGUGAAGAAUCUAACUCGUGCUUUCGACUCUGCCCUACGUUACUUGGAUGAUCAUUAGCCACGAUCGCCGGCGAGGAGUAGUAGUACCAGUAGUAAUUUCUGUCGCCAUUGAUCUUUUUUAUUCAUUUCCGUCACUCUUUCCAAACUUUUGGUUGUGGUUUCUGUCGGUCUUUUAUAUAGUAAUCUAGCAAAUCUAUUUCCUUUCUAAUUAACGAUAAUCCAAAACCAAAUCAAAAGGCUCGCCGUUGAUUCGCGGAUUUCCCUCCCGGCCAAACAAUAAUGAAGUGCCGAUCUGCUGGAACAUUAAUUAAUUUAUAAGAGGCGGUUGUUUUGGGCCGUAUUGUUUCUGCCUUGACAUUAAAGGCCUGUUUAUUUUCGUUUUCCUCUCAUUUUCUAAAUCUGGCAAAGUAAAUGAGAAAAUUUGUU